CAACAUUUUCUGUCUUAUAGCUUGUGGUGGAUGACAGUGUUGCCAUGACGCCCUUCUACCUGUUGCUGGGGAAACAUCGCCAACAGGAGACUGAAGACGCAAUGAGCAGCAGCCUGUCCUCUGACACUGUGCCUCAGAGCUCUGCUGCCAUCAAACAGCUGCUGCAGACCCCGGCUCACGUCAUGCCCCCCACCUCUUACCUCUGCUCCAUGUUUGUGCAGUCUCUGCUCAUCUCCGUCACAGACACCAGGGAGGAAAAUAAACAUGCAGAGGAGAAAAUGGAUAGCGAGAAAGAGGAAGAGGAUUCAGAGGAGGAAAUGGAACCCAGCAACCCGAGACCACAACAGGCCUCGGAGGGGGGGCCUGAAGCCCCCGCUCUGACCAAAGCCCAGCUCAGGGAACUGAGGAGGGUCAGGAAACAGGACCACAGCUGGAGUGCAGGCUUCCUGUAAUGAACACGAGCCUGCACAGAGACACUCACACAGACCGCUGCCUGUAGAAAGUUUUCAUCAAUGUGUUUUAUUGUUACUCAAUUAAAUCAGAAUGCAUCUCCCCUGUUAGGAAAUAUUUUGGCAAGAACAAAACAGAAAUAUCUGAUUGCAUAAGUAUUCACUCCUUUAGAAGCAUAAGCAGAGGUUCUGUUCAACACGUUUUUGGUUUCAUAUUUGUAUUAAGAAAAAAUUAGUUUAACAAAAUUAAUCACAGUCAAUAACUAGGUAAUAACACAAAUUACAAUAAUAUGAGAUGGAAAAGAGGUGGGGAUCAUGUGUGAACAGCAAUUUCUCCAAUGAACUCUGGACUGCAUUGAGGUCUGGACUCUGCCUCUCAGAAUGUUGACAGCAGUGCAGCUUUGACUGUUGGACUUGUCACCCAUAUAGUCUGUAGGACUUCCACAUUUAUCAGUAAUUUGAAAUCUUUUGUGAAACUGCCACCAUUUGUGAUGCUUGCAAACUUCACUUUUGUAAUCAGCUCCCAGGUACUUGCUUACUUAACAAAAACAUAAUCACAAACCACACAAAGCUCUUUUUAAUGCCGUGCCUUAAUUGAACACCAUUUCACCUCAUGCGUAUUCAAACUACUGGCUGCACCAGUAUACAUGUGUGUAUCGCUGUAAAGGGGUUGAAUACUUAUGUAAUUAUUUAUUUAGAACUUUUUUUUCUACUUUAACUGGGAUGUUUUUUUUGUGGGUUUUGUAAAAAUGUCGUGUCCACUGAGAUUCUUCGACAAAAUCAGAGAAAGGGCAAGGUAAUCACUUUCUAUUAGCACUGUUUGUAUUCAAACACAUUUUCUAUAAAUGUAAUAAAAAGAUGCAUUCAUAAA